AUGGUCACGAUACUAUGCACGAGAACAGAUCCUGAAAGUUUUCCGUUGGGUGGGAAGAAGACUUCACCGCCUGCCUCGCAUCGUCCCACCUGCUCAUGCUCGUACUCUUCGCCAGUCCACGGAUCCCUCGCCCGUGCCGGAAAGGUCAAGCAGCAAACACCAAAGGUCGAGAAGCAGGAGAAGAAAAAGACGCCCAAGGGCCGUGCGAAGAAGCGGAUCCUGUAUAACCGCCGCUUCGUUAACGUCACCACUCUCCCUGGCGGCAAGCGCAGAAUGAACCCCAACCCGGAGAAGUAAACGCUUUACCCCUCCCGAGGUCGAUGUGGAAGGGAUGGCUGUUGUGCUUGGGCUCUUUCUUUAUCUUGCUUUGCCUACUCACUAUAUGUGCUUCUAUUAUGCAUGCCCAAACAUCGACCUAUGCAUCACCACUUGUCUUGUCGCAUUCUGUACUACUAUACAUAUCGCAGGAGAGCAUGC